AUGGCUUCUCUCAAAACCGUGAAAUCAUUAUACGAAAAUUUAAAAGCAGAAUGGUCAAAAAAAGAUAUAAAUCUUGAUUUAUGUGAAAAUCUUUUGAAUAAUUUAAAGGUGGGAUUGACUGAAUUGGUGUUUUUACCCACUACAAAUGCUGUGGCUUCAUCUCAGGAGCUAUUAUUAGCAAGAAAUAUUUUGGAAAUUGGUGCAUUACACAGUAUUGCCAUUGGAACAAAAGAUCCACAAUUAUCAUUUGAUAGAUUUGAAAGAUACAUGGCUCAAUUAAAGUGUUAUUAUUUAGAUUACAAAAGCGAACUUCCAGAGUCUCCAUAUAAAUAUCAAUUAUUAGGAUUAAACCUAUUGUACUUGCUUAGUACAAAUAGAGUCGCUGAAUUUCAUACAGAGUUAGAAUUAUUGCCAACAAGUCAACUUGAUAAUCCAUAUAUAAGGCAUCCAGUUUCUCUAGAACAAUAUCUUAUGGAGGGAACAUACAACAAAAUAUUUUUAGCUAGAGGUAAUGUACCUGCACCAAGUUAUAAUUUGUUUAUGGAUAAACUUUUGGAAACCAUAAGAGGUGAAAUAGGAACAUGUUUAGAAAAGGCAUAUCAUAAAAUAUCAUUAUCGGGGGCUGCAAGAAUGCUGUACAAUAAUCCAGCACAAAUGCAAGAAUAUGCCAAUCAGAAAAAAUGGAUUCUUGGUGCUGAUAAGUUUUAUCACUUCAGCAGCGAGGAAAAGAAAAUGGAUGAACCUUUGCCAGCUUUGGAAUUGGCUUCUCAAGCGAUUGAAUAUGCAAGGGAAUUAGAAAUGAUAGUUUAA